GUGGAAGGCACCUUCUGGGCAGGAGCCGCGUGUAGGCACAGCUGGGGCCUGGCUGUCCUGGUGACUGCGGGGGGUGACUUUCCGGAGCGCAGAUAGGCCUGGUGCCCUGAAGGAUGGGGGGUGGGGGGGCUUGGUGUGCGCACCACCGCCAAGAGGGGCUCCGCAUCUGCAGGUGAGUUCAUGUUUGCUCAUCUGCACUCAGCGAAUUUUACCCCACGGCACUCGUCACCGUCCUCUCUAGACCGAACACGCUUUCGUGCCCUGGGCGAUGGCAUGUUUUCUCCCUGAGGAUAAAGACUUGGGGUUCUGGGUCCCUUCGUGUGUGUUCAGAGGGAAACUAGCCAGUUCCCUUGGAAGUCGGGGUCUUGGUUGCGGCUGUAGACGUCUGGCCAGGGUCCCGGGGUGUCCAGAGGCUGUGGGCCAAGGACAAGAGGUGAGCGUGGUCGGGGUUGGGGGGGGGACCAGAAGGGCAGCUGACAGUUGUUUCCACAGACUAGGAAGAGAAGCUCCCAGGGGGGUGCCUUGAGAUGGCAGUGGUCCCUGACCUGUGGCUGAGCCCUCGGGCCGUGGCCACACCUCCAUGUCAGCGCCUGGGCCUGUCUACCUGUGGGGUCCGUCCCCCCUCCCCCACCACCGUGUUCUAAUUGCCACAGGGACACAGCCAGCCCCAGGGAUGAGACCAUCCCUUUGUGGGGUCAGGAACUGCCAGUGCCUGGCCUGGCCCUGCUCACAGGUAGUCUGUCACCCCAGAAAUCCCCCUCACCCCGAGUGGGGCUGGUCCCGGGGGGCUCUGCAGGAGGUUCGGCUCCUGGGUGAUUUCACUGAGACUCCGGAGUUUCUUCUGAUCUCUUUUGGAGGAGGUGGAAAGGGUCCAGCCCCUAACACUGAAAAGUGAGCCCCGACACCUUUAUUAGAGUUUGAAAGCCAGCCUGCCCCUGUACAGGUGGAAGCCGGGGCCCAGGAAGGGCUGUGGCCACAGGGCAGCUGGUCGUUCUGUGCCCUCGGUGGGUUGUGGCUCCUCCGGGGCACUUCCUUUGACCUAGGUCAGGUGAGGCUUCCCUCAGGGCCCUUAGAAGGUUCCAGAGCAUCUGGAUUGUCCACCUACCAGUGUCGUCUUUGUGUUUUUUUGCCUGCGGGUGGCUUUCCCUGUGCCGGGGGUGGUGAGGAAAGUCUCCUCUCCCUGGGAAAGCCAGACCGUAGGUUUUCAUCUGCCCUUUUCAGUCCUGCUUCAAGUCUAGCCGAGGUCACCUCCCCAGCGAAAGACCCCCUCUGCCCAGGAGGAGAGCAGCAGCACCUCUGAGUGCUGGGCCAGUGGAGAGCCCGGGAAGUCCCAGGCCUGAGACCUGCUGGGACAGGACCCCCGGACGGAGUGUGGGGUAGCUGGGGGCCGGGAGGGUUAAGUCUGCUCACCUGGCGCUGGGUUCCUGGAAGAGGCAGCACCUGCUGACCACUGAGGAGGGCCCCUGGGGAGGGCGCGGGCAGCCCCCUGCCUCUCCGGGUUCCCCUUCCCCGCCAACUGGCCCUGCGCUGCACUCUGGCCCCCCAAGCGCCCUGCCCCGUCCUCCGUCCUCCUUGGAGCUGACAGCUGAAUCCAAGAUCUGCUGGGUGGGAAGACAGCCCGCUGGGGCUGGGCUCCAGGGUCAGGUUAAUUGAAGAAGCGAUUGGAUAGGGGUGGGGAGAGGGAGGGCGCAGGGCUGGGAUCCUGGGGCCUCCCUCCUUCGUCCUCCCUCCCUCCUUUGCUCGGAGGAGCCAACUUCAAAAGCCUGGUCCGCCUGCCGCUCGUCCUCCUGCUCCAGCCCGUCCAGGGAAGCCCUGGUGGCCAGGCCUGGAGCAGGACCUGGAGUGGCAGCCGCAGCCCCCACCUGAGGAUCCCAGGAGCAUGUCCGAGGCCCACCGGCGGGAGUGAGGGAGGGCCUGACCCUGAGAGGCCCAUGGUGAGCGGCUGCGGGACACGGGCUGGGGGGCCGACGCUGGCCAAGGGGCAGGGAGCGUGCACAGACCAGGGGUGGCUCAGCAGCCCCGCCGUGCCCCACCAGGAAAUCCCCCUUGGUUCCCGUCGCCGCAGCCUGGCCCUGGGCGCUCCUGCCCGACCUUCCUGGCAGUGUCGGCAGAGUCACCGGUCUGGUGCUGGGGCCACCGGGCCCUCGUAGGCUGGACCGGCCUUCCCAGGCCCCCCCGGGCAGUCGCCCUACCCCACUUGGACCUCCAGCACCACCAGCUCUUGUUCUCACUGGGAUCUCUGAGCCUCCGCAGGCGGAGGGGUAACUGAACUGGCCGUCCUGCCUAGUGUGUCCGGGAGGGGUGGGUUUCCAGAAGGGGCCGCGGCUAAUUGCAUCGCUCUUCUGGCCAGCGCUUUGGCGCCUCAGGCAGAAGAAGCCCCCCGCGGACUCCCAGGCCCAGUCCUGCAAGGCCGGGCUUCUCUGCCAGGGCCGGGAAGCAGAGUCUGUUGUCUUGAGUCCCGGGUCUCGCUGGGUUCACAUGAUUAAUGUUCCAGUUGCUGUCUGACUCCAGCCUGGAGGCUGGGAGCCUGAGGACAAGCUGCUCUUUCUCUGAUGUUUGGGCUUCUGGAUGGGGGUGGGCUUCUCCCUGUGAGCCGGGUCCCUCCAUUCUGGGGGAGGGGGAGGCCUGUGAAUGGAAUGUCUGGUGGGGUGUCAGGUGCCCCCCUUCCUCCCUUCCCCUUGGCGUUCCCCAAGCCCUCCCCUUCCCAAAGGGUGUGGCCUUGAGCCCUGAGCCCUCACCCCUGUCCUGGUUGGGUUGGGGGCGCAGGGGAACCCCAGCUCCCAUGGCUCUCAGAGCUGGUUGGAGCUGAGCAGUUGACGACAGGAGGCGGGAGCUGCCCGGCUGUGGAGGGAGCAGAUGGGUUCUGCCCUCUGCUGUGGGGAAGGCUGGGCAAACAGCUCUGCAGCCACUGCUGUGGCCCCAGGAGGUGAGAGGUGCCGGGGGUAGUGGUGGGGGCCUGGCAUGGCCAGGGGCGAGGCUGUGCAGAGGGUACUUCCUGCUGUAGCCCAGACCUAGGUCAGCCCUGCUGAGUCCUGUGGGCACUUGGGCCCUCACACCCGCGCCAGCUAGAGCAUCCAGUGCGUGGGACUGCGGAGUCCUGCGUCCUCACCCAUCUCUGCGAGACCUUCGUGCGGUCCAGGUUGCAGGCCUGCUGUGUGCCCUUCCCUAAGCCUGCCAGGCCCAUGCCUGGAGCCUUUGCAGAACCGCCAGCGACGACGUCUCUUUUUAAGCAGCUGAGAGGCCCCGCCCACCCCCCCACCCCCCCGUGGGCAAGCCUGCGGGGCUGCAGGGGCAGAGGCGCCCUCCACGGACUGACGCGCUAUCCCUUGCAGGGGCCCCCUAAGCCCGCGCUCUGGGCGCUCCUGCUGGCGCUGCUGGGGGCCGGGCCGGGCAGGGCCGGGCUCCGCGCCUGCAGCGUCCCCGACGUGCUCCACCACUACCGCGCCGUCAUCUUCGAGGACUUGCAGGCCGCAGUGAGGUGGAUGGGGCCAGGGGCCGAAGGGGCCGGGUCGGGCUCCAGACACCAUUUCAUUCAGAAAAACCUGACUGGAGCUGCGGCCUCCGGAAGGCAGGGGCGGGUGGGAGCCUCCUGCGGCGCCCAGAAGGAGCACAAUAUCCUACUGUCCAUCGUGGCCCUGGGUCAGACCCUACGUGGGGCUGUCGCGGGGGGCCGCCGCGGGGCUCUGGAGAAAGCGGCGUGGACCGUGGCCGUGCGCACCGAGGCGGUGAUGCGGCGCCACUGCUGGACGCUGCGGCAGCCCAGCCGGCGGUCCGAAACGCGCCUUGUCCGGCGUCGGGGCGGCCGGAGGCGGCUCCUGCUGCGCGCCCUGGACGCCGUCGCCACCUGCUGGGAGAAGCUCUUCGCGCUGCGUGCCGGGGCCACGCGGGACUCCUAGGAGUCCGCCUGCUGCGAGCCCGCGCCGCCCACCCCCAGGGCCUCGGGCCCCGGGCCCGGAGACGGGAGCUCCCGCCCCGCGCCGCUCGCCACUCCCGAAGGGGCCCGCCCUCCCUGCCCCUAGCGAGGGCCCAAUAAACAGCUGGUGCAGCGC